GGUAAGCCAUGACUGGCCUUACACUCCAGUACAGUAGGUGGCGGGUUAUGCACCUUAAAAGUUGGAUGCGAUCCGCCAACCCAAUCCCGAAGCAGAAGAAUAGUGCAACGACCAGAAGAGCAGUCCAUGGCUUCUUCAGACGUCUUUGUUGCUGCUGCUCGCAAAUGUCUACGAGUUGGAAAGAAACGCUUCUCUGCCACUGUGAGUCUGAACCUGGCUACUCAGGUCCUGGCUGUGGACUUGGGCCUGAAGCCCGCUCUGCUAUAUGACAGUAAUACAGCAUCUGCAGAGCAGGUCCAACAGUAUUUAAACUCUCUGCAGGCUGCACAACUUGUGUCUAAAUCUCUCCAGACAGUGGUCAUCAGUGAGAAUUCCUUGAUUGUGAACCCAUCCCUAACUAUAGCAAACUUGGAGGCACUUCUCUUGAGGAGGACUGUGACUGUGGUGGAUGUAUGUCACUCAUUGGAGCAGCCUGCCAUCACUGAGCUACAGUGGGGAGCUAUCAGGGACAUGAUUCAUGCUUUACUUGCUCAUAUUAGACAGUUUGGGCAACAUUCUGCGAUGAGAAAUGUCCCUCACCGAAUUGAAAAGAGACAUUGUGAGGCAUGGAAUCUGUGUACUCUAUUUGGGAUUCUAUUGGGCUACCCCUCCACAUACUGGUUUGACCAGAGCAGGAGCUUUGAGAACUGCCUAGCUAUGUCUCCGCUGGUGGUGACCAAGGCUGUGGCAUCCUGGCAGGGUGGUGGUUCUGGAGUUGAGGGUCACAGGUGUUGCCUGUAUUCCUUCAGCACCCCAGAGAUGUUGCAGGCAGAGAUUCUGUCAGUGAUGGCUAGCUGGACUACACAGCUUCAGGAACGAUUUCAGCAGCAGACGAUCUUCUCUGACCUCUGUGUAACAAGAUCAACUGUCACCUUACCUUCUGUGGCUCUAUGAUUAUAAUGGCACUUUGUGGAUGGAUAUUGUAUGAAAAAUGUGACGGUAUUUGUAUUUUGGAUGUUGUCUGUAAAACAAUUGAUAAGCAAACAUUGAAGCAGUUGUUCACGUUUCCAAACUGAUUUACAUAAUCAAUUUGGAAACACAAUUUAUUUAAAAUAUAAAUGCAUUUGUGAGGGAAGUUUACACCAAUGACUACUACAUCAAGCUUGUGGCUACAAACUUGUUGGAUGCGUUGCAUUUUGUUUUGGUUGUGUUUCAGAUUGUUUUGCCCAAUAGGAACUGAAUGGUGAAUAAUUAAUAUUGUUUCAUUUUGGGGUCACUUUUUAUAAAUAAGAAUAUAUGUUUCAGAACACUCCUACAUGAAUGUGUAUGCUACCAUGAUUAGGAGUAAUCAUGAAUAUAUUGUAAAUGAUGAGUGAGAAAUUAAGAGGCACAAAGAUCAUAAUCUUUAUUCCUGAUUUUGGGGGUAUUUCAUUUUUUAUUUAACUAGGCAAGUCAGUUAAGAAUAAAUUCUUAUUUACAAUAAUGGCCUACCCCGGCCAAACCCUAACCCGGACGACACUGGGCAAAUUGUGCACUGCCCUAUGGGACUCUCAAUCACGGCCGGUUGUUGAUACAGCCUGGAAUCGAACCAGGGUCUGUAGUGACACCUCUAGCACUGAGAUGCAGUGCCUUGGACCACUGUGCCACUCAGGAGCCCAAAAUAGUAUAAUAUGAUCAUCAUUAUUCAUGAUCUGUAAUCAUGGUAGAAUCCACAUUAGUGUUCAGAAACAUUCUAUUCUUCACUUCCUUUUGGGCAAAACAAUCUGACACACAACCAAAACAAACUGCAUAUGCAUCCAACAAGUUAAUAGAGUCACAAGCUUGAUGUAGUCAUUGUGUGCUAGGAAUAUGGGACCAAGUACUUAUUACUUUUUCAAAUGGGUGGACUAGAUGCAUAAAAUGCCUUCAUUUCUAAACAAUAAAACAAAGUUAUGAAAAUACCCUCAAAUUAAAAGCGACAUUCUAUACUGUCGGCUCAUAUGAAACAUUUGAUCUCAAAUCCAAAAUGCUGGAGAAAAGAGCCAAAAACAGAGAGGAGUGUUUAUACUAGUUAGCUAAAAUGGUGUACAGGCUAAAGGCGUAUGCUUCUCAGCCUAAACAGUUCGGUAGAGUUCGCGUCUAAAUUGACAUUUUGUGACGGUUUUUGUUUGUUUUGGACUUCGGUGAGUUUUUUUUAUUUGUGCUGUUUGGGGGCACAAUUUAUUUCUGGAAGCAAGCCGAAGUUCUGUGCUGAAGUCUACGCCCCUUCAUCGGUGAUUGGUCAACAGUAGGGAUUCUUCACUCUUUGUCAUUCAAAACAAUGCAACUCGUUUUCAUGCACAUUGAAUAAUACUGCACCUGACAUGUAAUUAGUUAGAUGUAAAAUUGUGUGACUAAUCUCUUUGGCAAAAACUUAAAAAUGAAUGAAAGAUUUCUUGACUUAUAGGUUAAUUCUGAAGAAGUGUAUACUGGCUACGUCUCAAAAUGUACAAUGAGUACUUUUGCCGCUUUUAUUUCUCUUUUUCAAGCAGUCUUAAGGAAGUAUGUGAGCGCACUCGUUCGGGUAGCCAAGUCUGGCUAGGCGCCAGCCGAAC